UGUUCGAAAAUAUUUAAACAAUAGAAAAUACAUUAGUACCUGUAGACAGAGUUUAUAGUUCGCAAGCUUUAAAUAAUUUUUACCUUUAAUAGUGUCAACAACAUUUCGGGCAAAAUGAGGCUACUGUUCAUUUUAAUUCACAUUGGCUUUACAUUUUCCAACCAACUAAGUCCAAAUGCGAAGAACGUCAUAAUUGUGUACGGUGGAAACGGCGUGGUUGAAGUGAUAGAUCCUCAGGCUCCUAUCCCCGAGCCGCGUGCAUCUGCUUCCGACAUCACUCUAUAUCUCUACACACAAAGAAAUCCUUCAAUUCCUGAAAUAUAUCCACUAGACAUUCGUGCGCUAUCAUCUUCUUCUAUUUACGAUUCCUCAAAGCAGAACGUUUUCGUAAUUCAUGGAUGGCAAAACAGUCACUUUAGUAGUGUCAACAGGCUGAUUAGGUCCGCCUACGUUGACGUUGUUGAUGUGAAUGUAUUUGUGGUAGAUUGGAGUCCAAUAUCUCACACAUUGUACACUAAUGCAUUUGCUAACGUACCAAGAAUUGGACAACACUUAGGGCAAUUCAUUGAGGACAUGCAAGCCCAUUUUGGACUCGGCGCAGAUAAAUUUACAAUAGUAGGUCAUAGUCUUGGAGCUCAUGUAGCUGGAUGCACUGGAGCUGCUGCAAAUAGUGACAUUGGGGUGAUAGUCGGUUUGGAUCCUGCAGGACCUUUAUACUUUAAUAACAUUACUGAAAACAGAUUACAUCCUUCUGAUGCCCAAUUCGUUCACGCAAUUCACACUUGUGGUGGCAGAUUAGGCUAUGACGAUAGUCUUGGAACUGCUGAUUACAGACCCAAUGGAGGAAAAGAUCAACCUGGAUGCAGAAUUGAUCCAACAGGUGUUUGUGCACAUGCCAGAGCUUAUAAAUUGUUUGCAGAAUCAGUAAGAUCAGGAGGAUUUACUGCAUGGAAAUGUGACAACUACGUUAAUUUCACUUCUGGGAAAUGUCAGCAUAAUAAGCGAAGCAGACUUGGAGGGGUAAAUAUUGAUAGGAGCGCCGUUGGUGAUUAUUACUUGGACACUAAUUCCCGCUCACUGUAUUCACAAUCCUAAUGGUAAUAUAAUAAAGAAUCCAAUACUUAAAUAAGUUUGAUCUCGUAUACAUUCGUCGGCACCCAGCUAUUAUAGAAAUUCUUCAGACGUCUUUACCUACUGAAAUGGUUUAUUCAAGCAAUAAUUAUCAUCAAUAUUCGUCUUGAGUUGAGUCUCCAAGUGAAUUAUAUGCCGCAAUUAGUACACCUUAAAUAAAUUAAGAUGAACUAUGUACUCUGUUCUGGUGUGAAUAAAUUAUAAAAAUGACUAGCUACAUGUUAUAAAAUUUUUAUGAAUGAUUGUCGCUAACCUUAAUGAUUGUUUUAACAUUGUAUGAUGAAUAAACGUAAUGAAACUAGA